UCAUUUUGGCCAUUCACCAAAACCUACUUGGGAGGAGCCUUCUCCCCCACAGCAGCCAACCAGUUCUGGCGGCCACCUCCUCUACCAAGAUGGCGCCGACUCCUCCUCUUGGCUCUCUCUUAGGAAAUCCAGUGGGGCGGGAUGCCACCGAGGCUCGUCCUACUCGCCGUUUGGAGGCCGGCCCAGUUAACUGGGUGAGUGCGCGAGCGGGAGGGGCAGCAGCAGCAGCGGUAGCGAUAUCAGGAACGGCGGUGGAGGCAACCGAAGGUGUAGGAGCAACAAGCCACUGACCUGGAAGCGGAGCCAGGGAGGGCGCGCUUCGGUUUCUCAGCAACUGCUGUUUCCUAUACCAAUGGCCAUCUGAUUUAAUUGCCUCUGCCGCACUUCUGACCUGCCCAGGACAUUUCAGGACCUAAUGACAACUACAGCCGAUGGAAAGACCACCAAAGGAUACUAGAGAAAGAUGGUGGAUCGCUUGGCAAACAGUGAAGCAAAUACUAGGCGAAUAAGCAUAGUGGAAAACUGUUUUGGAGCUGCUGGUCAGCCUCUGACUAUUCCGGGCCGUGUCCUGAUUGGUGAAGGAGUACUAACAAAGCUGUGUAGGAAGAAACCAAAAGCAAGGCAGUUCUUCUUAUUCAAUGAUAUUCUUGUGUAUGGUAACAUUGUCAUCCAGAAGAAGAAAUAUAACAAACAGCACAUCAUUCCAUUGGAAAACGUGACUAUUGAGUCCAUUCAGGAUGAGGGAGAUCUACGGAAUGGGUGGCUUAUCAAGACCCCAACUAAAUCUUUUGCAGUGUAUGCUGCUACUGCCACAGAAAAAUCUGAAUGGAUGAACCACAUAAAUAAAUGUGUUUCUGAUUUGCUUUCCAAAAGUGGGAAGACCCCCAGCAAUGAACACGCGGCUGUCUGGGUACCUGAUUCAGAAGCCACUGUAUGUAUGCGCUGUCAGAAAGCAAAAUUUACCCCUGUCAAUCGUCGACACCAUUGCCGGAAAUGUGGAUUUGUUGUAUGUGGGCCCUGUUCCGAAAAGAGGUUUCUUAUUCCUAGUCAGUCCUCCAAGCCUGUGCGAAUCUGCGACUUCUGCUAUGAUCUCCUUUCUACAGGAGAGAUGCCUACAUGUCAGCCCACAAGAUCAGACUCUUACAGUCACUCACUGAAGCCUCAUUUGAAUGAUAUAUCGGAUGAUGAUGAUGAUGAUGACAGCAGUGACUAAGUAAUGAAAGAGAAUGUCUUAAUAUUAUAUUUAUGAUUGGUAUUUGAACCUGGGUUGCUGUAUGAGAAAAUUUCUAGUUACAGACUCUUCUGAGAGGCCUACCCAAGCCAUGAAAUUUGCCUGAAAAACCUUUUAACUCAAAUGUGCUUCAGUAUCUGGAUCACUUAGAUAUAUCAUUACUCUUAUUUUCUGCAGGGACAGACUGUUGCAAAUGUAUCAUUUUCUAGCUUUGUAUACUUGAUUUCCUGUGUAGGGGUGAAGUGGUCAUUCUUCACUUCUUCCUUCCCAGUGGAAGGUUAGAAAACGAAGCACAGGUUUUGUUCUUUUCUUUUGCUACAAAGACACACCCCACAUUGUGUUUGACAGUGAUAUCCUAUCACUUGUUUUUAAUAUUGGGGAGGGGGACAAUGAAACCAGCAUAAUGAAACUGUGGUAGUUUUGAUUAGCCAAUUGAAUAGGACUUCUAACUAGGCUUUGAAACUGAUGCUAUACUAUGACCCUUUUUAAACAUAAAUGCAUACUGUAACAUUAUUAAUUUUUUAAACGUUAUGCAAGAUGUCAUAUACCAAGCAGUGCCUUGUAAUGACUGCACUGUUGCAGGAAGAAACUAACCCAUUGUACCCUCUGUCAUGCAGCAAACUAAGAUAUAGUUGGUGCUAUUGACAAUAAUUGCUGUUGUGCAAGUAGGAGUAGAGUUGUGAGGGCUAUGAGUAUAUCAGUACUACAGCGUAUGUUGUCCACCAGCCUCCCUACCCCCAAUAUGCUACAUGAGGGCAGAUUUGGCAUUAUUGUGGAGUCUUUAACAAAUGCAGCUUAAGCUCCAUAUAAGUGUCGCUCCCACACCAUGCAUAAAACUGCUGGACUUGGGGAUAUCUAAUAAAUUAGAUCUUUUUCAAAUGGAUUUAAUGUCUUGCUGUUUUCAGAACUGUGUAAGAUUGUUAAAUGUUUAUAGCUAACAGGUAUUUGUAAUUGAGAACUGUAUUUUGUCUCAGAUCAUGGUAUUUGCUGUAAUGUUCUUGAUUUGGUAUUUAUAAAAUUAAUUCCUUAGAUCCUUCACUAACCUUUUUAAAUGUUAAGAAUGGCAUUUUUAAAACAAUUAGAAAGUGUUUUAAAAGCACAAGAACAUGGGACAAUGUCCCAAUCAGCCAUUUGAAGAAAAAAUAUCCAUCUUUUGUACACAGCUGACCUCGAGAUAAAAAAGAACUGCAGAAGACUUCAUUUUAAACAUAUACAUCCAAGACCAGGACGAUUAGUGCAAAAAGUGUUUCCAAUAAAGUAUUUACUUUUUACCUGUAACAAUAUUCUUUUCUAUGAUGGUGUCAUUUUUAGAGAAAUGUCAGAUUUAGCUCUGUCAAGUUUCAUAAAAGCCUAAUACAUAUCUCUAUUUUUAUAUAACAGUAGUGUGUUUAAUCAGUUUAUGUAAAAGUCCCCUGCAUUGUGUGGGAAUUGAGUAGCACCUGAGAGUUUAUAAAAAUGUUGAAUAUUGUUUGUACAAAAAAGGUAUAGUAUCUAGAAAUACAUUUAUUAAGUGACAGUUUCUGUACUGUUUGCCUCAUCUGGCAAUAGUUGGACUAUAUUUAUUGAAUAAACAAUCAAUUCUGCAUCUUG